UAUUUCUCUCUCUCUACGAGGAGUGUUAGGAGGUAUGGGGAGCUCACAAAGGCUCCUCUUCAUUUAUUCUUGAUCCCUUGCUUCUGUGUUCCUUGGGAAUGCCACUGGGCUUAUGCCUCUGGUCUCUUGGAGCUGCAGUGGAUGGGCACUUGUGACAGCACCAUGGGACUGCGAAACACUCUCAUUGUGAUGGCCCUCCUGCUCUCUGUUUCCACCAUUCCUUUUUCAGGUGCUGCUUCCUUGAAAAGUCAUGCCUUCUUCAACGAGACUGGAGAAUUGCCAUGCCACUUUCCAAACACUCAAAACCUCAGCCUGGAUGAACUGGUGAUAUUUUGGCAGGAUCAGAAUAAGUUGGUUCUCUACGAGCUAUUCAAAGGCCAAGAGAAGCCAAAUAAUGUUCAUCCCAAGUAUAUAGGCCGCACAAGCUUUGACCAGGACAGUUGGACCUUGCGACUCCACAACGUUCAAAUCAAAGACACAGGCUCAUAUCAAUGUUUCAUCCAUCAUAAAAGGUCCCAAGGACUGAUUUCCAUCCACCAGAUGAGUUCUGACCUGAUAGUGUUGGCUAACUUCAGUCAACCAGAAAUAAGUCUAAUUGCUAACCAAACAGAAAAGUCUAACAUCAUCAAUUUGACCUGCUCAUCUAUGCAAGGUUACCCAGAACCUCAGGGGAUGUAUGUGAAUCUAACAACUAAAAAUUCAACUAUCACCUAUGAUGCUGUCAUGAAGAAAUCUCAAAAUAAUAUCACAGAACUAUACAAUGUUUCUAUCAGCGUGUCUUUUCCCAUCCCUCCUGAAACAAAUGUGAGCAUCAUCUGUGUCCUGCAACUUGAGCCAGGGAAGAUAAUUUUAUCCCUACCUUGCAAUAUAGAUGCAAAGUCACCUGUGCCAAGCCCCCCUGUCCCAGACCACAUCCUCUGGAUUGCGGCUGUACUUGUAACAGUGGUCAUUGUGUGUGGGAUGGUGUUUCUAACACUAAAGAAAAGGAAGAAGCAGCAGCCUGGCCCCUCUAAUGAAUGUGAAAUCAUCAAAGUGGAGGGGAAAGAGAGUGAACAGACUGAGAAAAGAGUAGAACUCCAAGAACCUGACAGAUCUGAUGAAGUCCAGUGUGAUGUUAACAUUUCAAAGACAGCCUCAGGCAACAAAAGUGCUACAGAUUUUUAAUUAAAGAGUAAAUGCCAUAUAACUAUCUGUUUUUAUAUGCUUUCCUUUUCAAGUUUUGACUGACCUUUUCUUGUCUCUCUAAACCUUCUCAGAAGGCAAGAAAAUAUUACUAUUAAUAUUAGCAGGGGGCUUCAGAAUUCCCUCCAAGUAAAAUAGCCUCCUACCAUGCCAGCUCUGCUCUCAUUGACAGGAGCAGAUUUUAACUGUUUCUUUUCAUUUCAAAACACACUUAAGAGUCAAGCCUAUCUAACUGAUUCCUGGCUCAGGAAUCAUGUGUGAGAUUAACAACUCAUGUUUCAGAUUUGGUCUCUUUUCUUAAUUUUAUAAAUAAUGUUUUACGUAGAACUCCCAAUUCCUGGAAUCGUGGCUUUUAUCUACUCUGAAUCUCAGAUAGCACCUCAUUCCAUCUUGUAUACCUGUGACUGAACAACUACCUUUUCAGUCUGGGUGGGAGUUAUGUAUUUUAUGGCCUUAUAAUGUUUUGAAGUAUAGAGAAAUAUGUACUAUAAUAAUGUAAUUACUGAGAAAAGUCCACACUCUGCUAAGGAGUUCUGGUCCCUCUGUGAGGGUCAGUAAGGAAAAUGAUGGUCCAACGUGCUGACAACAAUGACCAGACCAACUCAAAAUCUGGGAAAUUAGAGAGACAGAGAAGGAACCAGUUCUGUAGCCACUACCAUCGGGGCCGAUGCUAAUAUUAAGGAGGAUCCACCUGCCCAAGAAGCUACUGCUGAGCCUUAGCAAAGACUGUUGGAUAAAGCUGAAGAAUGCUGUGCAUAAUAAACUCUGCUUCUCUUCUUGGGGGAAAAAAAUGAGACAGUGACCUGGGCCAACUGUGAGAGAGCCAAUAGAGAGAUCACAAUACUCAAAACAGGAAAAAAAAUGAAAGCUCUUGACCAAUAGAAAUGCAAAUGAAUGUUCAGUGUGUGCAGUUCUUCAACAAGCCCCGGGAAGAACAACAGAUGGACAGUCUAUCCGAAUAGACCUAAGGCCGACAGCAGUUUCCUUGGAGGUUGGGAGGGGUUUUGAUAAUAGCCAGGUUGUUGUAAUGUUUCACCAGAGCUGGGGAGGAAGAGCUAUCUUCUUAAUAAUGGGGUGAUGGAAGGAGGCCUAGGUCUCUUUCAAUGAAUGACUUAUAGUGAAGGAGUUGAAACAGAAUUAAGAGGACCAAGAUGCACAUUGCCCAGAGGCUGACUAAGCCCAUACCAGCUGUCCCAGAGCAGGGCUCUGGGGACUGUCUAUGUAUCAUCUCUCAACAACCGGAAAACUGGGCACAGGUGAGGAAUAUAGUGGCCCAGUAGAAAUGAGUUAGGAGACCCUGGCUCUAAGACAGCAUCAUUAAUGGAUGGAGAAGCCUCAGUCCAAACCUAAAGAGAACUUUGGGAGGCCCACGCUACAGAAAGUAGUUCUUAUUCUAUAUUUUGUUGUUGUUGUUCAGCUGCUCAGUCAUGGCGUGUUUAUUUUACAUAAAGGACCCUGAAGGGUUGUAGAUGGCUACGCUAGCCAUGCUUGAACCUAUAAUAGUUACAGUUAUGUUCUCUGCCUUGCCCUUGCCUUCAUUAGGCUCUAAGCAUCUUCAUUAGACUCUAACAUGUUGUGUGUGUGUGUGUGUGUUUUAACUUUUUAGUUUAUAUUGGGAGAUAGCUGAUUAUGUUGUGGUGUUUUUGCGUGUACAGUAAAGUAGUUCAUUUACACAUACACAUGUAUCUAGUCUCAAUAAAUUUCCAUUAGAAUGAUGUGUGCUAAGUCGCUUCAGUCGUGUCUGACUCUUUGCGACCCUAUGGACUAUAACCCUCCAGGCUCCUCUGUCCACAGGAUUCUCCAGGCAAGAAUACUGGAAUGGGUUGCCAUGCUUUCCUUCAAAGGAUCUUCCUAACUCAGGGAUCAAACCCCUGUCUCAGACAUCUCCUGCAUUGACAGGUGGGUUUUUUACCCCCAGCACCACCUGGGAAUCCCAUUAAAAUGAUGUAAAAGUCUAAAUUUUCUACUUCAGCAAUACUUACAGUCUGACAUCACUCCCUCUAUCCUCCUAAGUUAUGUCUUUCCUCUUGAUAGUGCUAAGAUAGCCCCAGUCUCCAGUCACCUAGCUAAAAGCCCCGACUCACUCCAAACACUUUCUUCUUCCCUUUCCUUUAACCAUUGGAUAAGUAAGAGUAUCUUACAUGAUUCUAUGUUUAUCUAGGUACUGAGAUAUAAGGGGUGUUGUUUCUCAGGGUAACCAGGAAAUCUGAAGUUAAGGAAGGGAUACUUGCCUUUCAGUUUGUAAUGUUUUAUACCAUGUAAUGUGUGAUUGUAUGUACAUUAAACAAAAGCUUAGUGUAAAAAUGUAUUCCUUGAAAAUACUUUGAUUAUAAAAUAAAUGCAUAUAACUGUAUUGUAUAUUUGAAAGUUGCUGAGAGUACAUCUUAAAAGUUCUCAUCACAAGAAGAAAAUUUUGUAACUAUAUGUGGUGAUGAAUGUUAAAUUGUUGAGGUGAUCUCUUAAUAAAUACUAUGUCAAAUU